AGAAGAAGAAGAGACAGCGUGACGCCAAACAUCUGCGCAGAGACACUCACACGUGUUGUUUUUCUGAGUUUGGGACAGUUGUGACUUUUCAGCACCGUAGUCCAGAAUUAACAAACCAGGAUAAAGAUGGGGAAGAAGCUAAAAGUAGGAAAGACGAGGAAAGAUAAAUUCUACCAUCUGGCGAAAGAAACAGGUUAUCGGUCUCGGUCUUCCUUCAAACUCAUCCAGUUGAACCGUAAGUUCCAGUUUCUGCAGAAAGCGAGGGCUCUGGUGGAUUUGUGCGCUGCUCCUGGAGGAUGGUUGCAGGUAGCAUCAAAGUUUAUGCCUGUUUCAAGUCUCAUCAUUGGUGUCGAUUUGGUCCCCAUUAAGCCCAUUCCCAACGUGGUGACGCUGCAAGAAGACAUCACGACUGAGAAGUGCAGACAGGCUCUCCGUAAGGAGCUUCAAACUUGGAAAGCAGAUGUGGUGUUAAACGACGGAGCCCCAAAUGUGGGAACCAACUGGCAGCAUGAUGCCUUUUCCCAGGCUCACCUGACCCUGAUGGCUCUGAAGCUGGCCUGCGAGUUUCUGACCAAAGGUGGUACUUUCAUCACAAAGGUUUUCCGCUCCAAAGACUAUCAGCCGCUGCUGUGGAUCUUCCAGCAGUUCUUCAAGAAGGUGCAGGCCACUAAGCCUCAAGCAUCCAGAAACGAGUCGGCAGAAAUCUUUGUCGUCUGUCAAGGUUACGUYGCCCCAGACAAAAUCGACAGUAAAUUCUUUGACCCCAAGCACGCCUUUAAAGAGGUGGAGGUGCAGGCCAAAACUGUGAAGGAGCUCGUCGCUGUCAAGAAGCCAAAGGCGGAGGGAUACACCGAUGGUGAUUUGACGCUGUACCACAGUUUUACAGUGACGGCUUUUCUAAAGGCCGAAAACCCCGUCGACUUUCUGGCAAAAGCCAGCGAGAUCAAAUUUGACAAUCCACUCUUGGAAUCUCACUCGGCCACCAACAAUGAAAUAAAGGAGUGCUGUCAGGACAUCAAAGUCCUGGGGCGCAAAGAACUCCGUUUGUUGCUGAGUUGGAGAGCGAAACUUAGAAGAUAUUUAGCAAAGAAACUGAAGGAAGAGGCCAAGCAACUUGACCAGGAGAUCAGUUUAAGCUCAGAUGAGGAGGGCAUCAACUCAGAAGACGAAUCUGAUGUAAAGAAGAAGAAGAAGGAAAAAGUGGAUGAGAACAAGGAAAAAGAGGAUAAUGAGGAAAAAGAUGAUGAUGAGGAGGAAGAUGAAAUGGAGAGAAAACUGGCUGACCUAAAAGCUCAGGAAGUGGCUGAGCUCAAACGGAAGAAGAGGAAGCUGCUGAAGGAGAAGAGGAAGCAGAGGGAGAGAGUGGAGCUAAAGAUGGACCUGCCGGGUGUCUCCAUCGCCAGCACCACCGACUCAUCCUUGUUUUCCUUAUCCUCUCUCAAGAAGCAGCAGGUGCUGACUGAUAUCUCCAAAGGGGACAUGGAGGCGGCGGGUGAUCUGGGAGACGGAGACGAUGACAUCCACCUUUCAGAUCAGGACGAAGAUGUGGAUGAGAUUUCCCUGGCAUCUGAUUUAGACGAAGAGGAUUUAGAAGAAGUGGAACAGAAACAAAAAGAGCUGGAAAAGAAAGCUCCAAAGAAAGUGAAGUUUGUGGAGGAAGCUGAGGAGGAAGAGGAGCAGGACGGUGGCUUGCUGGUGGAACUGGAAGAAAAGAAUGAGAAGCUGGAGCGAGAAACAAACAUGUGGUUCAGCAAGGGCAUCUUUUCAGAAAUUGACCUGGAAGGUGAUGCAGAGAAUGAACUCAAACAGUCAGAGUGGCUCCAAAGCAAACGGUCAGGGAAGGGGAGAAAGAGGAAAGCUGAAAAAGAGAGUGAAGAUGAAGUAGAAGACGAGGAAGAAAAAGAGGAAGUUGCUCCUACAGAGGUGGAAACUCCAGAACCUUCACAGGAAGCAGCAGAGGAAAGCGACUCAGGCGACAGCAGCGAUGAUGAAAAUGAGAUUACAAAAAUGAAGCAAGCCAGGGGAUCCGGAGGGACAUCAGGAGGAGCUGAAGAUGACAAGUUCCAGGUCGUUCCUGUUGAAAGCAUCAGUAAAAAAGCCCGUGUCCUGGACGCAGAGAGUCUGGCCCUCGGCUGUGAGAUCGCUACAUCCAAGAAGAGAGCCAGAGAUCUGGUAGACCACUCCUUCCACAGGUUUGCCAACUCUGACGAGCCGUGGGAAGUACCGGAGUGGUUCCUGGAUGAUGAACGCAAACACAGGAAACGACCGAUGCCUGUUACCAAGGAGAUGGUGGAAGAAUACAAACAGAAAUGGAAAGAGAUCAAUGCCCGGCCAAUCAAACGAGUGGCUGAAGCGAAGGCCAGGAAGAAGAGAAGGAUGCUGAAAAAGAUGGAGCAAGCCAAGAAGAAGGCCGAGGCUGUCGUCAACACUGCCGACAUUUCUGAAAGAGAGAAGAUGGCUCAGCUGAAGAGUAUCUACAAAAAAGCAGGCGUGAAAAAGGAAAAAAGAGAAGUAACGUACUUGGUAGCCAAAAAAGGAGUCGGUAAGAAGGUGAGUCGGCCUCGUGGAGUGAAGGGACUCUUCAAAGUGGUGGACGGACGCAUGAAGAAGGACAUGCGGGGGGUGCAGAGAAAAGAACAGCGAGCAAAAGGAGGAAAAGGAAAAGGACGACAGCCUAAGGGUGGUAAAGGGAAGAGAGGAAAAUAAAUCUGAACUUUCUCCUUCUCUUUUACACAUACGCAUCAAGCUUCUCUAUGACGAACACAUGAACUGGAGUUUAUUUUUAAAUACUGUUUUCAGGUAAAUAUGACUGAAAGAGUAUUUAAGCCUUGGGGACUUUGGACCUGUUCUGGUGGUGUUUAUGCUGAUGUUACUUGUACAUCUUUUUUAAAGAUGCUGUUUCCUCCCAGCAGAUGAACUGCAGUUCAUCCUAACUACAGUACACGUAUUCAUGAUGUUUUGUAAAUAUUUACAAUUUGACAAUAAAUGUUUUGCUCAGACUA